AGUUCCCAAUUUUGCCCUUCUUACUGUUUUCCUCUCAUCACUUUUUUUGCAAUGGCUGCAGGUCACAGCAAUGGAGAAAUGGCGGCGGCGGCGGCGAUCGCGGCGGCGGCGGCAUUGCCGGCCACUCACCAGUUCGAGUUCCAGGAGCACGAGAUCCUCUGGGGUAAGACCGCCGCCAAUUCCUGCCGAUGCCUCCGCCGCCACUUCCCUGGAGCUGGAAUCCCGAAACCCCCCUCCGGCCUCCGGAGCUUCAUCCCCCGCCGCAUCCCGUCGGCCCCCAUCGACAUCCCGGGGUCCAGGACCCUACGCCCACCCUACUCCCGUCGAAACCGCCUCGACGACUUUUUCGUCGGCGCGCCGCGCAUCAAGUCUGAGUUCCUCCGUUACAGCGACGAGGACGACGAGGAAGAGAAGCAGAAAGAAGACGAGGAGAAGGAAGAAGACGAGGAUGGAGAGGAAGAAAACGAGGAGGAGAUCAUGGUCCCUCCGCACGUGUUCUUACAGAAGAGAUACGCCCGUCGGCGCGUGAUGUCGUACUCCAUGUGCGAGGGUAUUGGAAGGACCCUGAAAGGAAGAGACCUCAGCAACGUCCGCAACGCCAUUCUCUACAAAACUGGAUUUCUCGAGGACCCCCCGACGAAAUAAAUCUCCACCGCCGCCGCCGUCGCCGUCGCCGCUGAAAUAAAGAAAGGGUUUUUUUUUUAUGUCUGUCUGUUUUGUAUGUCUGUUUUUGAGUCUGUCUGUGAGAGUCCUAUCUGUCUGUUGUCUGUGAGAGUCUGUCUGUCUGUAUCGUUUUUCGAUUAAUUAUUUCUCUGCUGUUUCGAUCCGUCGAAUGAAGACGAC